AUUCCACGCCAGGACGUCAUCCACGUCUCAGAUCUCGCGAUAUGACGCUACACGCACCGCCCAUUGAUGCAGAUCACUCAAUUGAUCUACCAAGACUGACGUCGCUGGCGUCACCUACUCUACAAUAUAUUAUAUCAACCCAUCUUCCAUUCUCUUGACGUAGUGCCCGUCCGUUAUAGAUAAUACCUUCCCAAUCCAUCGAAUCGAAAAGUUUUGAUUCUCGUUUCUCACAAUGUCAUCUGAACAAGCCAACACUUCUGAGGUCUCUCAAGACACCCCCAACUCAUCCUCCCCAUCUACCACGCAGCAGAAGAAACCACCGAAACUGAACCGCAAGAAGCCUGCGCCUGCUGAGGAACAACCACAAGCAAAACCUGAAGAAGAAGAAGAAGAGCAGGAACAAGACGAGCCUGCCCCUGAGUCUGAGACCGUUAAGCAGGAGCCCGACGAAGAAGAAGAAGAAGAAGGAAAAGAAGAGCCCCAACCCGAACCCGAGCCCGAACCUCGUCGACGCAACAGACGAAGCCGGCCGAAUCGUCGCGUCCAGAGAUACCACGACCCCGAAGACACGGAAGAAAUCGAGCGCAGCGACAUGGACGGCGGUCAACAAGGCGGACGCCGGCGCACGCGCAGCGGGCCGAGUAAAAACCAGCAGCAGCAGCAGGGCGGCGGGCUCGGCUCUCUGGGCGGCAUCGGCGAUGUUGGGAAUACCGUCAGCGGAGCGACAGACAUGGUGCAGAACACAGCCGGUAAGGCGGUUGGCGGAGUCACCGACUCGGCGGGAAAAGCACUGGGAGGCGUACUUGGUGGCGGACAGAAGGAUGAUGGCGGAAAAGACGAGCAGUUGAGGCUGCGUUUAGACUUGAACCUGGACAUCGAGGUGCAGUUGAAGGCGAAGAUUCAUGGUGAUUUGACGCUAGGGUUAUUGAACUAAACCAAACCUAAGCUGAUAUCAUCUGUCGAGGAUGAGGUUGUUUUGACUUAUUUUGCUGUGUUAAUGUGGAUGUGCAGGCCAGGUUCAAUGUGGGCUGUUGGAAGUUUUUGAUCAUCUGAGCGGACUUUGGCACUGUAGUUUGUUCUAUCAAGACUUAUAUGUUGUUAAUUGAUUGUAUGUUAUUUAAUGAUGGAAUGAUAUUAUUAUAUUGCUAUAAUUCAGUAAUUGAUGUCCAUGCA